AUGUGUGGUGCCGUUUCUCAAGUUCUCUUUCAAGACGUGAGACAGGAUCAAGGGUCUCGCGAUAUUCAAGAGAAUGCUCUGAACAAAUCCGAGCCAAUCUCCAAGGGACCGUUUGUUCGACCUCAUGGUUUUGACCGAGGUUUGACGGUGGAACGUAUUCAUGGGUUUAUUCGACGAGCUGACCUUUUGUUCGCAGUGGUGCAAUUCAAGAACUGCGAUGUCGUCGAAAUCCUUGCGACCCACAUUCUCAAGCAUUAUGAGCCUAUGAGGAGUUCCUUGUAUGGCAUGCGAACAGUUUUGAUUUGUGUGAACGCUCCAGGCUUUGAUCCGCGGCUUCGAAGAGCACCAUAUUCGAUCUCGCAGAAAUGCAAUCUUGUCAUCACCUCAGCUGUCAUCACCUCCUCCAUCUAG